AUGGUGGUGUUGGCAUCCUUUGAUAAAGUCACCUCCAUCGCGCUUUGCAUCAGCCUUUGCACUGACAAGGAGUUCAUUGAGCUGAGAGAGUCGUGGGAAGGUGUGCUUGUUGUGCAGUCCAUCGUGAUCUUGUUUGUUGUCUACGUGCUUCUUUGGAUCUUUACAGCCAGAGGGCGCGCCAAUGCCCAGGUGCAAGCAGACAUUGACUAUGUUGGUGAUUUUGUUUGGCCCAGCGGGGCGCCGGACGUGGCUUCGGUGACCUCAAGGCCUGAAGGGGAUCGCCUGGCCUCCAACCUUGCGGUGCGGAUUUCCCUUGCUUACAUGCAGUUGUUCUCAAUUCCGUAUUUAGUUUCAGACGUUGUGCAGUUGUGCCACCCGCGAAAGGGUGCUAUGCGAUAUGCGGCGCUCAGUCACCGCGGCAAGAUCCCUCGGAUUUUUGCCCUAGGCUACGUCAACAAGGUAAUGUUCCAUUUUGAGGAGACCGUGGGUAUCCUCACCCAGCUGCCGAAUUUGGUGCUUGUAAAGCUGCCCUGCAUGGCAAUGAAGGUCUAUAUGUUUGUGUCGCUGAAGCGGAGCAUCCUCGUGCUAGCAAGCGUUUUGUGGGAUUUCCUGCUGUUCGUGGUGAAGGUGUACAUGAUCAUUGCGCAUAUUGACACUGCUGUCAAGUUCAAGAGUUGGCUGGUGGCUCCGCACCCGGAUGCGAACCGAGCAGCGAGGACGGUCAGAGAGAAGCUUCUAAAGAAGCAUUUCUUCUUUCACGAGUCAGAGCAGCCAGGACAUUUGGAGGAUCCUGGUGUGCUGGGAUGGAUCUGGCUGCUGUUCGGCAGUUGCCACAAGGAGCAGCGGAGCCCGAGUGGCUACCUCGGCCGUUGGACACACAUCAGUUCCACCGUGCCUUCCAGUCCCAACUGGCCUGCAAGUCCAGUCAAGCAGUCCAUGCUGGGACACAGCAUCAGUGAGAUGUCGAUGUCUGACAGCUGGGUGGAGCACUCCAUUCCCUUGAAGAUGGCGCGGUCCAUCUUGGCUCCGAGGCCGGGCGAAGAAGUCGGUCGGAAGACUGUUUUCGCGUGCGGAAUUCCGACGGUUCCAUCCAGUGUGGUUGACAGAGUCUCGUUAGUCCAUCCAGCUACCGGCUCAGCCUGGACCCCGGAGUCUGGACUUGGAAAUGGUUCAGUGCUUGUGUGA